UGCUUCGUUCAGCUUCAUACAGUUAUCAUCUGAGGCGGUUCGACGAAUUUACCCAGGUAAAAGACAGAUACAAAUAAUAAUAAUAAUAAUAAUAAUAAAAAACAACUAAAUGGUUAGUGCGGAGAAACGGACAAGAAAGUUCUCCAGCAUCCUCAUGAACGCGGUCCUGCACUUGUGAUUCAACGGAAAGUGAAGGGAAAUCUGCUCUACCACUCCAAGGAAUCUGACUCGCACUGUUAAGCUCACGGCCUAUUGAACACAUUAGCACCUGUCCUUUUGGUCCAAGCAAGGUCAUCACUGCUUUCUCUCUUACUUAAUUUGGCUGUUAAACAUUGAUUCCCGGUGCUCUCUGCAUUCUACAAUGGAGAGCCUAAGUGAGCUUCAGAACCCUCUACUGGAUAAGAAUAGCAAACAUAUCGUCAAGGCUGACUACGGCUAUGGGGGUGACUUCCAAAGCAAUCAGUAUCAGGAGAACAUUAUUAAUUACUUUGUGACUGGUGGAGGAGGUGGGGGUGGAGGGGUCGGUGGGGUUGGUGUCACAGGAGGAAAUGGCAAGGCGAAAGCCCAGCUACUGGACGCCACCUCACUACACCUAGCUGUGGAGGCAUUUUACAAGCCUAACUUCAUCCUUUACAAGGACGAUGGAAGCGGCAAGGGAAAGGAUUACAAAAAUGAGUGCUGUGAGACCACCUUCAUGGAGAAGAAAGAGAAUGAAGUAAUUGUGGAAACCCCCAGUACAGAGGACCCACAAGAAAAACUCCUAGAUGAAAACAAUGUGAAAAUCCAGACGGUGUCUUACGAGGUAGAGGAAGAGGAAUAUGUAGAAUAUGAGACAGAUUGCUCCAGCGACAGUGAGAGUGAAGAUAACUUCAUUGUCAUCCCUCCUCGUGAUCACCUGGGCCUUGCUAUCUUCUCUAUGCUCUGCUGCUUCUGGCCUCUGGGCAUUGCCGCUUUCUACUUUUCUCAGGGGACCAGCAAAGCCGUGACUAAGGGAAACUUCCCACUGGCUAGCAUUGCCUCAAGACGAGCCCUAUUCCUGGCUGCUCUCUCCAUCACCAUUGGGACUGGGGUGUAUGUGGGCGUGGUGGUGGCCCUCAUUGCAUAUCUGUCCAAACCAGGCCAAAUAUAGCAGGGCCAGCAAGGGGACUACAGGACUCCAUGAUAAUACACUACCGCCUGAACGUCUUUUUCUAAAUGUCACUCUCAUUCUCAUCCCUCCCCCUGGACUGCCUGUCCAUCCAAAUUAGAGAAAGGGAUGAAGCAGAAGACAAUGAACCAGAAGAACUGUGGACUUUAUCACCUCAGUGAUUAUAUUUAAAUGUCACCACGUGUCACACCACAGCAGUUGCCCCACUGGAUAAAACUUUAUCUUAAGUUUAGCUUAAGACUCAGAGCUUUUCGGGUGAAGAAUACAAAUUAGAGAGACAAAUAAGCAAUCCAAUUAACCAAACCUAAAGGGAAGCUAUUCCAAAGGACACCCAUACGGAUCAAAAGAGACUAACUGCCCUUGGAUUUAUUUUUCCCUUUCCAACUGUGCUUCAUUCAAACCCUGAAAGAGAAGCCGUCUCUGUUCCUUUCUCAUUAUUUACUUAGUCUGUUAAACUCAGUCAGUGUGUGUGGCUCAAUUAAACCAGUGCUGCUGGAUAGACCAACAGCUGUGGUCUCUACGAAAGAGCUCUGUUAAAACGGAUAGUAUACAGUAGGUGACUGCUAUGUUUCUGUUUGGAACAAAUUACACUACUUUGUAUGUUAUAGCAAUCAAAGGUGGAGGUCACUCUCAAAGCCUAAGUUCUUAUGGUCACAAUACAGAACUACAAAAAUAAGAAUCAAAGACAAUGUAGUCCAGCAGUUUGAACUGAAUUUCAUCUGUGAAAUUCAGCUUCACUUACACACAACCUAUGCUGAUCUUUGUGUGAUUUUCUCUUGUUUAGGGCUCUAUGCUUUGUGUUGUAAAUUCUAGUCUUUUGUUUUGUCCAAAGUCCAACUCUGUCUUUUCCCAACACAGGCUCUGAGGUUUAUGUCAUGUAGAAGAAAAGCCUAUAAGUAAACACAUGUGCUGAGAAUUCUGAACAGUAGUAUGACAUCAAGAACAAGAAGCAUUUCUUUUAUAUCUGUAAGGACAUAAGGUUUGAAUUUACCAGUAUCUGAUGGUGUGAUUUCAAACCCAAAAAUCUGAACUAAAUAUGAAUGCAAAAGUACUGAAUAUGAAACAACCUUAUACAAGACUUUUAUAACAAUGUGUCCUCUUAGUCUCCAAACGCAUUACCUAAUGUCUCUUAUGAUAUGAAGAUUAUUUUAGACUUGAACAUGACUGAGAAGAACUGGCAAAACUCAAAACAGAUGUUGAGAAAAAUUACUUUUCUCAAAUUCUUAGAUGGAUGUUUGAACAAACAGGCAGGUUUUGGGCCUCAGGUUGAAUUGAUUAAUAAUGCAUUGCUUGUCUGUGGGCUUGCGGGCUAUGGCGCAUGAGAAUAGACUCACAGGGAAUAUAGUGUUGGGGUUGACUGGUCCAUUGCAACACCAAUGGAGCUUGAAUUUGGUGUAGUCAUCCACAUAAUAACUUCAAAACACAAAAAAAAUAGGGCUCAAGUGGCUGGGUGGUUUAACAUUUGGUGCCUGGUUUGAAUCACUGUGAUACAAGCCUUUGGAAGUUGGUAUAAAUUAAAUUAUAACCUCCUAAUUGCUUCAGCCCUCCCAUUCGGAUUUCUCACUUGCAGAUGACAGGAUCUUGAAAAGCCUACAAAGUGUGUAUGACUGACAUCAUGGUAAUUACAGGAUAGAGAUGACUUGCUUUAACAUACCAAGAUGCUUUUGAAUUCUGCUGGGACUAAGUUACAGGGACUUAAAUGUGUGUGGAAAAUUGUUAAUUGAGAACUGAGUGCAAAAUGGUAUGCAAACUGUCAGUGGAUAUAAUUGAUUGACAUUUUUUUUCUAUCUCAAAUCAAUUACAAGUGAACAGAGAAAAAUUGCUUAGUAAUUCUUUAAGUUUUUGCCAGUUGUGGAAUAAAUGGAAAUAAUAUGUUGGUGAGAAUGUAACCAUUGAAUAACUGAGCUUUUAUUAGACAGGAGUGAGAAGUGUACUAUUGCGGAUUCUAUCGCUUAUUAAUAAUUCUAAUUACUAAUAAAUAAUUACCCUUAAUACUCUGUAUAUGACAUCAAAAGGAGAGCCUUAGUAUUACUGAAAAAUGAAGAAUAAACAAACUGUUAUAAAAUAUGGCCAUAAUUAUGCUUGUCCAGAAUAAUUAUGUAGGUUUUUAUGCAAACUCCCCACCCUGACCCUAUAUUUGAAUAUUUAAAAGUGAUCUCACCAAAUGCAAUGGAACUGUUUAAAAUACCCUCUAAAUAUGUAUCUGAAUGUACAAGAUGGUUUACAAAAAUAUCAAUGUUCCAACAAAUAGACUUACAUGUAUGUGGAGCGAGAUGCAUGGAACGAAACACCACCCUCCCUUCAGAGCUUGUGAUUUACAGCACACAUUAGACCCAAUGUUUUUGUUGUGGUUCUUAGCAAAUGCAUUUCCUUUUCAUCCACUGGAGCGUUUAAAGGCAACAUGGGACACUUGCAGUCUCUCUGCCCAGGUCAUGCAUUAGUCAUACCUGACAUUUAUGGUUCACAAUUAGCUUCCCAUAAUGUUUUUUUCUGAGCAAGUAUCUAGUCUCUAGAGCAAAGCUGGAGCUAGCGAAACAGAAAAUAAUUUUAACGAAUAAGACUACUUUUAAUUCUUUUAAGCUAUUGAAGCUGGAGCGUAUUCAACAAAGCAUAAUAAAAUAAUCUAAUUAAUAUGUUGGUUACAAACUACAAAUUGGCUGUCAUGAAUUGGCUUUCAAUGUCUCAACUAACCUCUUUUAUCAGUAACAUGGUACCAAUAAUUGUAAGAGACAGUUAUAAGAUAAGCCUGAAUCCAUGUUUUUCCUUAUGUGUUCACGUCAUUUAAUUCUAAAUGAACAGUGUCAGUGUCUGCCCUCCCUUGAUUGUGUAUCAGCCUGGCCCUUUUAUCCCCCGUUUUACGUUUCCAUAGUGACUAGUCUUUCACAGAGAUCCAUUUUAUGCUAGUGCGUGCACUUAAUAUGACCUACACUGUAACAAUGGUGAGAGUAAAUGUGCAUUUUACCUUUGAUAGUUUUAAUUGCAAUCAGUUCUUUUGUUUUGUUAUUGUCCCUUAAUGUAGGGCUGUAUGGUUGGUAUCAAUCAACAAAUUGAAGAAAUCAGCUUCAAUUAAAACAAAAUGAGUGUGUUUAUACAAAAUGUCAGUGUUUUCUUAGUAUUGUGAUACUUUGCGUUUUUCUCAUUCAUCAAUUAGAAUAUGCUUGUAAGACAUUGACAACAAUGUAAAUACUGCAAAUAAAAGACAAGACACAGCAGUAUGAAA